AGUCAUGCUGAUCCAUUUGCAUCAUCAGCUGCAGACAGUGAAAGAACUCAACCAGUCACUGGUGGAGGUUUCUUCACAGAGUCAUUUGCAUCAUUUGAUACAGCAUUUGGUAACUUUGAGACCAAGGAUGAUAAUGUGGAGAAACAAAAAAGCAGUGAAUCUUCAAGUGAUCCCUUUGCACCAUCAGGUGGCACCCAAGAAAAGGACAACGUUUAUGAAAAUGUGGAGAUUUUUGCUUCAGAAACCAAUUUUGAGACAGCAUUUUCUUCAGAGCCAUUUUCCGUGUCAAAGGAAAGCACUGAUGUUGUUUCAGAUGUCAGUGAAGUUGCCGCAGAUGAAAAACCCUUUGACAAAAAAAGUCAGUCGGUUGCAAACACUGCUGUGGGUUUCUCAUGGGAUAAUGCAUUCACAGAGGUGGAAAACAAAUCGAAACCAGAUGCAACACAGAGUUCUGCCUCAUCUGAGCAACAGUUUUCAUGGGCAGAAGAUUUUGCUCCAGAUGAUGGAGAUAUUAAAGUUAAAACAGAUCCAAAUACUGCAGCAUCAUUUUCUUGGGACGAUGCUUUUGGAGGGGCCGCUCCAGCAUAUAAAGAAUCUACAUGGGAUGAUGCUUUUGGUGGAAAAACAAAAGACAGCAGUAACUCUCUGUUUGACUCAUUGCCAUUUGGUGAUGCGUUUACAUCAUCAACAGAAGAUUCAUCUGGUAAUAAGCAGAGAGGUUCUGAAGAUAAUCUGCAAUCAGUGCCAGAGUCAACUAUUCCUGAUAAUUCUUCAUUUUUCGAUGAUUCAUCAUUUGCUCCUCCCUCAUCUUCUCAAAGUAAUGAAGGUAAUGCAGAUGAUUUAGCUGAUGAAAAAAUCAAGGAAGAUCGUGCAUUUUCAAACGACCCAUUCGAAGAGUUCAACAUUGGCAUGCAGCCUGUGGCAGAUCUCAAGAAGAUUGCACCAGAGGAGAAUACUAUUAAUUUUGAGUCAGAAAUAAACACUCCUGAUCAGGAUUCUGCUGCAAAGAAAGUUGUAUCAAACAUAGGAUCUUUUGAAAUAAAUCCAAAAGAAACAGUUGUUGCUGUGGGCACGAGUGAAACAAUAAUACAGUUAAAUAAUCAAGUUCCUGAGUCUGUUAUUGAAGGUAACUCAUCAGAAGAAGGUGAUGAUGAUCGAAUGAAUGAGGAAAAACCAUCCGACCUCCAGGUUCAAGAGGCAAAGCUAUCACUAUCUCAGAGGCCUAUUUCACCAAGCUCACCACCCCCUCUUCCACCACGCCCUGUUGUCUCAGCACCCCCACUCCCAGCCAGACCACCGAGCUCCAAUUCUACAGGAAUAUCUCCCAUGAUCCCUUGCGUGUCCACAGGGUCCCCAACACCAAACUCUCCACAACAAGUAAAGACAGGAAGUGCUAAGAAAAAGCCACCUCCGCCUCCACCAAGAGUGGAUUUAAAUGAACAAUCUUCAGCAGAUCCUUCCAAUCAGAAAGGAGCUUUUCCUGAUCCUUUUGGUUCAGAUUUGUUUGAUAAUAAAUUUGACAAGGGCAUGGAGACAGCUGGACAAGAGAGUUCUGACUGGAUGGCCUCAUGGCCAAGUGCACCAGAACUAACCCCGAAAGAGACAACUAAAGACCCAUUCAAUGACAGCUUUUUUACAGACUUUGAUUUCCCACAAAAUACAGCACAUAACACAUCAUCCAAAGAUAACUUGGAUCCCUUUGCAACAACAGAUCCAACUUCUGAGCCUUUUCCAUCAGACUUUGGAAAUGAGGACUUGUUUGCAGCAUUUACACCUGCAAAAGUGGAGGCUGCUUUUGACAAUGGGGAUCCAUUUCAAAAUGAUAUGUCCAAUUCCUUUGCAGCAUUUACAUCAGAUGAUCCCUUUAGUGAUAUCAGUGAUCCAUUUGCCGACAGAGGAAUUUUAAGUGAUGAUCCAUUUGCUGACAGUCCCAGUAAACUUCAAGCUGGUGAAUCUCUGACUCUAAAUGAG